UAAAUUUCUCUCGUUCUUGAAUUUCUAAUCAUUUUCUCCUGAAAAUCCUCCGUUUCCUCUGCAAACUUGAGGUUUUGUCACAAGUUAUUGAAUUUGAAUUCGAAUUUCCUCUUCUUUUUUUUUGCCUUAAACCAUCAUCUGGGCCUGUCCACUUUCGUAGAAAUUGUCUCAUGGGAAUUCAAAAGGACAGGAUCAGAUUCAAUGUUGGAGGCAAGAUCUUUGAAACAACAGCGACAACUUUAGCCAUUGCCGGCCGAAAUUCACUCUUCGGAGCAAUGUUCGAUGGUAACUGGAACCUCCAAUACGAUCACACCACAGAACAUUUCAUGGAUCGCAACCCGGAUUGCUUCGCAGUUCUUCUUGACCUCCUAAGAACAGGGGAGCUCUGUAUUCCCUCCAAUUUACCCGAAAAACUCCUUUACAGAGAAGCCCUGUUUUAUGGCCUUCUUGACCAUGUCAGGUCAGCCAAGUGGGGCCCAUUCGAUGGCAACAGGCUCCGACUAGCCCGGUCCAUAACGGGCUGUGCCCCAGGUGAUGGCACGGCCAUUCGGGCAGGACCGGAUGGUGGAUGCUGUGUGGCACAUGGUAGUAUGGUACAUGUUUAUGAUUGGAUGCUAGAAGAGCACCCUCCAAUAAACCUUGAUUACCAAAGGGUGAAUGAUGCUUGUUGGAUUGACUCAGAGAGGAUUGUGAUCAGUGCUUGUGAGCGAUUGGGCCGGGGCGAAGGAGGCAUGGGGUUGUUCAGUGCAUCAACAGGGGACCUAAGGUACAAAUUUCAUGUCACACAUGAAAAUCAGGUCAAGAGUUACACUGCUGGUGCUUUAAGUUUUAGUGCAGAUUAUAAGUUGUUUUCUAGCUGCAAAGGUAGAAGCAAUGAGUAUGGAAUUGGUGUUUGGGAUCAAAUUACUGGGAAACAGAUUGAUUUUUUCUAUGAGCCACCUGGUUGGUCCCUUGGUGAUGCUGACAAGCUUCAAUGGUUACAUGGUACCAACUGUUUGUUGGUUGCAACUUUGUUUCCAAGGAAAGACAACUGUUACAUUAGUUUGUUGGAUUUUAGAGAUAAGUCCAUGGUUUGGUCAUGGUCUGAUAUUGGGGCUCCAAUUACUGAUGAGAGGCGGGUUAGGGACGCUAUAGCAAUGGAGGAAACUAGUUGUGUGUGUGUAGUGAAUGAGUAUGAGGAUUUGGGGUUUAUGGAUUUGAGGAGCAUUGGCCGGAGUGUACGAUGGAGCUCGAGGAGCCGGUGGAUGAAGGGGAAAAUGCCCGAUGAACCAUGUUACCCUAAAUUGGCAUUGCACGAAGGGCAACUGUUUUCAUCUAUGAAUGAUAGUAUUUCAGUGUUCUGUGGUCCGGAUUGGGUAUUGACAUCGAGGCUUGGACAGAGUUAUGGUGGUUCAAUCUGCGAUUUCUCUAUCGGAGGUGACCGGCUCUUUGCUCUUCAUAGUGAAGAAAAUGUGUUUGAUAUAUGGGAGACUCCACCUCCCCCCAUUGUGUGAUUUAGCUUAGGGAUUGUAUGUCGUGUCCGUCUCCUCCAUCAUGAUAAAAAGUUUGAUAUACAUAGUUUAGACUUAAACUCGUGACGUUCUAUGUAACUUUAGUUGGUGUUUGUAGGUUAGGGAGAUAGAUUUCCAUAAAAUGACAAUGAAAUGAAAGAGACUGCUUAAC